AUGAGGUCUUGCGAGUACGAGAGCCGGGUGCAGUUCAAGCAGAGGAGCGCCAGGAGCGGCAGCGCUUGGGCCGCUUUGGGUCCAAGAUCUUCCACGUCGUUCGAAAGUUGCGCGACAUCGAAGCCCAGGACCCAACUGCACGAGCUAUUGUCUUUGUCCAGUGGAAGAGUUUGCGGCGGAAACUGGCAGAAGCGUUUACGGAGUUCGAGGUGCCAUACGUUUGCCUAG